AUGCAAAGAUGGUUUGAUCGGAAUAUGGGCAGAUUGAAUGAUGGGUACGUAGGAGUACUCCGCAGGGACUGUAAGGUCAGCAUAGGCGGAAGUAGGAAAGGAGAAAACGAGGACACAUUAAUGGAACACAUACGGGGGAGAAUACAGCAGGAAAUGAAGGACGUGGGGCAAGAGUUGCAGCAGAAAGUGCAAGAAUUAAAGAACAAAAUGCACGAUUCGGCAGGAACUAAAAGCAUAAUGGAUAUAUUGGAAGAGCAGGUGAAGAGGGAGAAGGACCCCUCUUCGAAAACUGCACCAGAUAAGGUUUCGGGAGCAUCGGGGCCACCACCACCUCCUCCACCAAGGAGACCAUCAACACCACAAGAUCCGGCGACCUCGGGAACAGGACCAGCAGGGACGGACACUGACCAUACAGGUAAGUGUACCGGUAGAACCGCAGUUCAUGUGGCGAAGAAUGCAGGCCAGGGCAUCCCAGGUGCCUCAUCCACCACCACCCUUUCUUUUGUGUCGAGCCCAGAGGCUAAUAAAGAAUGUGAGAACAAGUCCAAGGACUCGGGACCAGACCUUCGGUUGCCGCCGUGGUCCACCAUCCGAAACAUAACUUCCGUUUCUUCCAUAUUCUUUCCUGUGUUCGAGUUUAUAGGUGAAGCCCAUGCAAGCGGACCGCCCAGUCCGAGCCAGGAGGAAGCAGGAAAAUCGGUACCAUCAUCACCGACACAAGCACCAUCACCAGAACCAGAACCAGAACCAGCAACAACAACCACAACCACAACAACAUCCUCCAGUGGAGCAGCCGCGGGAUCCCCUGGUCCCCCUGGUCCCGCAGGUAAAGCUGGUGAGUCCGGCCCUUCUGGUCCCGGCUCCUCAGGACCUGGUUCUACUGGUCACCAAAACCCUGCUUCCUCAAGUCCUGCCUCCCCUCCUAGUGCUACUACCGAUCAAGGCCUCGGUUCUAAUAACACAACUGGACGUAAUGAUUUUGGAUUAGGCACAGAUCCUCCAAAAGCAGCAGGUGACUUAGGAGGAAAUUACGGACCAGGCCCUCCACAGGUGCCCCAUACUGUACACCCACAGAAUGUGCCUUCGACUGAUGGUGGUCCGGCAUCGCCCGACCUAACCGACACCGUCCUUACCGCCACUACUCCCAUCCUGUUUUUUCUCACUUCCGUCAUCGUGGCCCUUCUGGGUUAUUCCCUUUGGAAAGCCUUACUUGUAUGUUCCCAAAAGCAACUCUAA